AUGACCGCCCAGCAGCUGAGCAAGUCCAUUUCCCUCCCCGGGCUCCUGAAGAUCGGCACGGAUAAGCCAAAGGGCUUCACGGGCAAUGCCCGAAAGACGACCCUGGGAUUCAAAGUGCCUGGGAACCUCCGAUCGAUGGUGGAUCUCCAGAAGGCACCCCUGGUGUCAGAUCACGGGAGGCAGCUCGCAUCGCUUAUGGCAACGGCAGGCUGGCGUGUGGCCUUCGCCGAACCCCCUCCUGAGGAGGAGGUGAAGGAGGAAGACAUCAUCCCAAAGAACAUGCGCUACCCGCGGAUUACACCAGCGUGGCUCAAGCACGAGAAGCAGGUGCUGCGGUUCUACGGUUUCUUCCAGGAGUCGAUCCCGGAACGGUGGGACGAGAACAGCCGUUACCGACAUGUAUACAUCAUGUAUUUCAUGGAAGAUGGAACGAUCGGCAUCAACGAGCCAAAGGUAGAGAACUCAGGCAUCGCGCAAGGUACGUUCCUGAAGAGAAGUCGCGUCGUCAACGAAGACGGCAUCCCUGUCGGCCCGGAUGACAUGCGGGUGGGACAGGACCUAACUCUGCAUGGACGUACGUAUCACAUCAGUGGCUGCGAUCGCUUUACCCGCUGGUUUUUCGAGGAGAAUGGCAUCCAACUCGGAGAGGACGAAGAUGUUCCCACCGACCUGUGGCAGAAGGGCUACCGCCUCGCGAAGGCCUUCGACCGAGGCGGUGUUCCUCUGACCAGAGCCGCCGUAGAAGACAAGGCAAUCCAACGUGCCAUGGGGGGAAUCCCGCCCAUCGACAAGAAGCUGUCGCAGUUCUUGUUGAAUGACCGGAAAGUCUUACGCUUCAAGGGCUACUGGGACGACCACACGCCCUAUGGAUCCCGAGUCUACUUCAUCAUCCACUACUACCUGGCUGACAACACCGUCGAAAUCAAUGAGGCUCAUUGCCGCAACUCCGGCCGAGCCAAGUGGCCAGUCUUCAUGAAACGCGGGCCUCUUCGCAAAAGCAACUUCGUCAAUGCUGCACCAGGGAUGCUCUCCUGUGAGGCACCGCGUUACCUCCCCGAGGAUCUGAAGGUGGGCGAGUCGAUUCACGCCUGGGGCCGCAAGGUGGUCCUCUGGGACUGCGAUGACUUCACAAGGAGCUUCUACAAAGAGUACCUGGGUAUCGACCAAGCUCAGGGACGGAUCGAUGUAGCGGAGAAGCCGGUGACGCACGCGAAGCUUAUGCCACCGCCGCACACCGGAGUGGGCAAGGAAGAAGACUCCCUCUUGAACUGUAGCAUGAUCCAGCCGACGCCGCCCAAGGUUGACCUGGAGCGUAUGAUGAAACUCACGGGCGAAGUGCUGCGCUUCGAGUGCAAGAUGAUCAACGGCGAGCCGGAGGACGAGCUCCGACGCUUGGUGAUCGCCUACUACCCGGCGGAUGGAGAUGUCGCCGUCUUCGAG